AUGAGCACCACUCAGCGUAGUGAAAGCAUCAAUUCAUUCUUUGAUGGUUUUGUUACAUCUGGCACAACCUUAAAUGAGUUUGUAGAAAAAUAUAAUCAAGCAGUAGAUGCUCGUUAUGAUUCAUUCAAAAAACAAGACUUUGAAUCCAGGCAUAAAGAAAGACAUUUAACAUUGAAUAUGCCAUUGGAAGAGCAUGCAGCUAAGGUCUACACACGUGCAAUUUUUACAAAGUUUAGUGAUGUACUUUCUCAUAGUUUUCCUCUCUCUAUGGAGAAACUUGGAAAUGAUGGUGAGUGGGUUACCUAUCGAGUUUUUAAUAGGAAAGAGAAGGAUUAUUCUGCAACUGUGAAGAUGAAGUUGGAAAAUAGAGAAACUAGAUGUUCUUGUCAAUAUUUUGAGUUCGUGGGAAUCCCAUGUGAGCAUAUUAUUGCUAUUUUUUCGGUUGAAAAUGUUGAGCAGAUCCCUGAACAUAUGAUUUUGCGAUGCUGGAGCAAGGAAGGAAAUGAUAUAAUUAGUACCAAUAAGGACAUUUGUAAUUUUGAUGGAGAAGGACUCCUUUGCGGCUUUGAAAUACGCCAUAGAGUUUCGAAACUUAUUAAGCUUGCAGAUAGGUCCAAUGAAGCAGCUAAAUUCGCUUGUGAUGGUCUUGAUUCUCUCACUGAAUCUUUAGGAAAAUUUCCAACACCUGAUGAUAGUAUUAUUGGUCUUGAGGAUUUUGAUUCACAUUACUUGAGUUCUCAAACUGAAGAGUCAUCUAUGAUGAGAUUGAAUGAUCUCAAUAUUUCACAAACGAAAGGUCGAAAAAGGGAGUCACACAAUAUCUCACAGGGACAUAGAAUUCAUAGUGGGAUUGAAGAAGCAUCAAAGAAUACUAAUAUUUGUGGAAAUUGCAAGAAACGGGGACAUAAUAAGCGUACAUGUAGAGAGAAAAAAUUAUAUUGA